UUGUCACUUUCCGUCGUGGAGUACGCCGUCACGGAGACCGUGCCGCAGCAGUCGCGCGCGGAGAUCGCGCUCUCGCUCGCCGUGCUCCGCCGCCGCGCGCCGCUGCGGCUGCUGGUGUUCGGCCUCGGCCGCGACUCCAGGCUCUGGCACGCGCUCAACCCCGGCGGCGCCACCGUCUUCCUCGAGGAGGACCCCGCGUGGUAUCGCGUCGUGCGGGCACAGUCGCCGUUCCUCCGCGCGCACCUCGUCGCCUACCGCACGCGGCUCGAGCACGCCGACCGCCUCCUCGCCACGUACAAGAAGCACCCCGCCUGCCUCCCCGGCGCCGACGGCGCCAACGCCACCGUGCGCGUGCGCGGCAACUCGGUGUGCCCACUGGCGCUGCACAACCUGCCGCCGGAGGUGUACGAGACCGAGUGGGACAUGAUCAUGGUCGACGCGCCCAAGGGUUACUUCGCUGCUGCGCCAGGGAGGAUGGCGGCGAUAUGGACGGCGGCAGCCAUGGCGCGUGCGCGCCGCGGCGAGGGGGACACCGACGUGUUCCUGCACGACGUGAACCGGAGGGUGGAGAGGGUCUUCGCGCAGGAGUUCCUCUGCGACAAGUUCCGGGUCGGCAGGACCGGCCGGCUUUGGCAUUUCAGGAUCCCGCCAGUGUCGCGGCGCAGGAACGAGGCGACCGCGGGCGGUGGCCGGAGACCAUUUUGUUAAGGUGGUGAGUUUUCGAGGGUUGUCUUUUGCAAAUAUCCCUAUUUGGGGUAUAAUAGGAAACCGUUAUUCAGAUACUCUGCCGUGCAGUUCAAACGGGCAUUGUUCAAAAUUAGUUUUUGAACAAGUGCUCUUUUGUUUGAACUGAAGGUCUCUAGAUGAUACGAAUCCUGAGAAAUAGCACUCUUAUGUCCUGUAUCUUCUUUUUUGCAAUGUAAGUACACUUAUGGAGUUAAUUUCUAUUUAGAUAAUGAAAAUAUAAUUUCUGAUCUUUGUACCAAUAAAAUGUUAAGACA